AACACGUCUUUUGUAUUUAAUUUAAUUUAUUUCUUCCGAUUGGAAGAAAUUUCAUUUCACCUACCGCAAAAACGGUUCAAAACGUAUAAAAAGAAAUGCGAUGGCGAGAGCGUUUAGUAUCAGAUUACGUUCCACAAGAACUGCAAACAAUGAAGGCUUGGCUUAUUCUUGGGCAUAUAAUGUACUUGACAGUGCAAGUGCAGCUACAAUCUACACAGCAAAACGUAACAAAGAGGGGUUUACAAGAUCAAAUCAGUUACUAUACAGAUCCUGCAUCAGUUAGAUAUUUUCCGGUAGCCCCUUCCAACAUACACCCUUAUGCUAAUCCACAUCAAACUGGUGAAUAUCCAAAGCAAGUGGCAGUACAGCAGGUGCUCUACGACUACCCUCACGACACCUCGGAUCACCUGCAUGCACCAACUCAAUAUCACAAUCAUCAGCAGGUACAGGCCCCCAUUGUAAGCCCUGUCCAUCAUCCUCAUUCCGCAAUUGCCGCUCCUGUUCAACAUAGCGCGGUGGUACAUCACGGACAGAGCUAUUCUAGAUUUGUGCAUCCGUAUCCCGCUUCACCUCCACUUGCACCUGCUCCAGGUGCUCAUACUCAUGUCAAUCCACCGAUUUACACAAGUAAAAUUGUAUACCACCCGCAACGGGCACAUAUCCACCCCACGCAACCGGCACCGGUUGUCACACAAAAGCCCUUCAGACCAUCUCCUUUAAUAUCCACAACAUACAACAAAGGUAAACCAAAACAAUCCGAAGAAUACACCCGUGACGAAGACGAAGACCACGAAAACUACGAAGAAGACGACGAAGAAUUCAAACCGUACAAGUCGAGUAAGUAUAGCGAUAGCGACGAUGAUGAAGAGGAUGGGCAUUACCGCGUCCAGGAGGAUGAUGACGAGGAUCGUUUCUCGAGAAAUGUUCGGAAACCGCGCAAUAAAAAACAUUCCAGUAAACCGAAAACGCAUUACAAGAGCUUUAAGUACACAUCGUCGAAUUCGAAACCGACGAAAGAUAUCUACGAAAGCCGGCAGACCCAAAAUAUUCCCGCAAUUGCGCACAGACAAUCGUUUCGGCAGGAAAACUGGAUUGUUACCAAACAGGAUUAGUGCGCAAAAAUUCUUGGAAUUUUUCAUGGAUUCUCCAGUAGUCAUCAACAGCUCGGAAACAAGAUUUUACUUGAA